AGUUGCACCCUUACGUCAACAGCAUACAUACCUGGGUAUACCAUACCAUAUGUAUAGUAAAACGCAUGUAAAUAUGAUAAUAUUUGAAAAGUAUGGUUUAUUUUGAGUGAAAAAAAUACUUAUGGUAUAAAAAUUAUUAUAAAUUAUAAAAUACUUGUUAAAAAAACUACGAAAAAAUUUAAAAUUAUUGAAAUUCAAUUACAUCUAUCGCAUUGCGGCAAGUCUUUGGAAUGCUCUGCGUACACUGGUUUGUUGCAUAAUGUGCAUGCUUUACGAGUAGGGCGUCGUUUGGAGCAGAUGUAGCAAUUCCCCUUUACUUUUAGGCGUCCCGUACUAUCACGCUCCUCCGCUUCAUGUGCUCCAGCUUCCACAACUCGGAUGGGCCUACCUAUCGUGGCUUCGAUGGCGUUGCGCGUUGAAAAAACUCUGGAUAUUCUGCUGUUAUUCGUCCUGCUCUCUAUUUCUGGCUUGCAUAGUUGCUCACUUAGCUGAUGGAGAAACAUCCUACGGCGGCUUGUAUAUGACUUCAGUCAUGGCGGAACAACCAACUUUAGUUUUACGUAAAAAGAAGAAGACACAUACCUACGUGAAAGCGUCGAAGGAGGAGGUCGAAACCGAACAACCCAAAGACGUAGACAGCCUUUUACGCGCACAAAAAAGUGACGUGUCUUUGCCGGAAAGUAUUGCAUCAAAAGCCGCGCGAUCAUUUACAGCUGAAGAAAGCCGUCCGUCGGACAUCAUGUCGCGAAUAUUUGAUGACACAUCAUUGUAUGACAGCGAUUAUUCAACUACCGAGACGGAGGAGAGUGUAUCUCAACACGCGCUGCCAGUAAUGGAGAGCAUGUAUGUUGACUUACUACACGUUUAUGGAGGUAUACCAGAUCUCGACGAAGUCUCCGAAGAUAUAGACUCUCGAAAAAGUGUUCGAACCACGGUCGAAAUUGAACAGGAGCCCAUGGACGAAGGAAUAUUUGUGGAUCCACUAACUGGCGAGACUAUAAUUGAGCGAAGAAAGCCACCCACUCCAACUGUCGCCGUAAGCGAAGUUAGCAAAAUGGGAGUUGAAGAAGAAGAAGAAGAAGAAGAGGAAACUGAGACGGUGGAAUUGCAAGCGGACAUAUCGAUGUCAGAAGAUAGUGAGAUACUACAAUUAUUGGAACUCGAAAAAAUGGAAACGGAAGUAGUAGCCAAAGAUGAGCUUCAAGCUGAUUCUUUAGACGAUUUUUUAACGAGACUAAAGGUGACUAUAGUGGAGAAACCAAAUUUUAGGCAGCUUACAGCAGAAAAGCUCGAACGUGAGAGAGUAUUGAAAAUAAUGAUGGCGGAAGCUGAAAAAUUCCUAAAUACCUUAAUCGAAGAGGUUGUGGAUGUCGUCGAAUAUAAACAACCUAUGGAAAUAUUACGUAAUAAUUUAGAUAAACAUGCUGUAAUGGAAGAAAUCUUAGAGAAAGUGAACGAAUUAGAAGUAGAACGUACCAUACGAGCCAUCCUUAAUCGCAGAGCUAUCGAAUUCUACAAACGUAAAAGAUUAUAUCAAGCCAUUACAGACGAUUUACCAGAUCAGGCUAUGGAGUAUAGAGAAAAGCUCAAUUAUGCUACGAAACAGUUGGAUCGGGCACUCGGAAUGGAACAUGCGAUAAAAAUGAAAUGGCAACACGAACAAAACCAAUUAAAUGCAAAGCUCACGCAGAUGCAGGAAAGUGCACAAGAGAAAGAGGACGAGUUUAAAGCAUUAGUACUCCAGUCGCUUGUAAAGGACAAACGAAAUUUCGAACCAAUUAUUACGAAUAUUUUGAACGAAAUGUUUACAACAUAUAAUGAAGUGUGCAAAACGUACCUCGAUCUCAUUCAAAUACAACACACGAAAGCAGAACUUCAGAAGAAAGACGACUAUAUAGAAUACGGCAAGGGAUUGAAACAAUAUGUGAUCUUACAAACGGAAACAAAAGACUUGCACAAAAAAGUUGAAGAUCGCAGCGUGGAAUUGGGCUAUAUUCGUGCGCGUUGCAAUCGCGAUAUUCAUGCGCUCUCGAAUAUAAAAGUUAAAAGCGAUAUUGCACGCAUUAUAAACGGCAUGAAGAAGAGGACGCUAGCUUAUUUGCUGGAGGAUAAGAAACAAUCUCGCGAGAAAUUAGUUCAUUUGAAGGAAGAACGCUUAGGUUUACAGCGACAAAUACGGGAAUUGACAUUUCAAACCGGUUUGUCCAGCAAACCGGUGCUGUUGAAAGAUUACGAUUCCACUGUUGAACAAGCUGAAAUGGUGGCUAAAAAUAUUGCGGCGUUACGUAAGCAGAAAAAAGAUUUAUUGGAUAAAAUAGCUAAAAUUGAAACAAAGUGUAAAGCAAGGGAAGCACGCGGGUAAACAAUAAAUAUAACAUUUUUCACAUUCGUGGAAAACCGCA